UGUUUUGGGCUCUGUCAAAGCCAUUCAACCAUCCUUUCUGUCACAUGUUGAUCCUCAGACUGGACCAGGACUUGAUAAUGCCAGGCAAUGGGAGUUCCGAGGCGGGAUGCAGUAGGACAGCAACAGGCAGCUACUCCAACACCACCUGUGGCCAGACGGAGCUGUCCGUCACCGCCUCCGUCAUUUCCAUGACCGUGGGCAUCUUCUCCAACAUCCUGGCUCUCUGCAUCCUGGUCAACGCCUACCGUCGCUUCCGCCUCAAGACCAAGGCCUCCUUCCUGCUGUUCGCCAGCGGCCUGGUGAGCACCGAUCUCCUGGGCCACCUCAUUAACGGCUCCCUGGUGCUAUAUGUCUACGCUUGUAACAAGGAGUGGGAAGCCUUUGACCCACAGCACAUCCUGUGCAGUCUCUUCGGGGUGUCCAUGGUGUUUUUCGGUCUGAGCCCCCUGCUCCUGGGUAGCCUAAUGGCGGUGGAACGCUGCAUUGGUGUCACCAGGCCCCUGUUCCACUCCACAGCCCUUGCCGCCCACCACAUGAAGAGGCUGCUGGGGCUGACCUGGCUGUUAGCUGCCCUGGUGGCUCUGCUACCUGUGCUGCUGUGGAGGCCCUACCAGGUGCAGCGCUCCCAGAGCUGGUGUUUCUUCCGCAUGGAGGGGCCCCGCAACUGGCUGGACGUGGUGCUCCCGCUGAUCUUCUCUACACUGGGCCUCCUGGCUCUGCUGGUGUCCAUUGUGUGCAACACACUGACCAGCUGCACCCUACUGCAGUCCAAGCUGCGCUGCCACCGCCAAUGUCGCCGCAAGGACACCUCCCACCACUUUGAGAUGAUCUGCCAGCUCAUGACCAUCAUGCUUGUUUCCUGUGUGUGCUGGGGCCCUUUAUUGGUUAACGUCAUCAUACUGAGCACCCAGGUCCAGGGCGAGCGUGCGUUUGCCCGCCUGCUGCUGGCAGUCCGCAUGGCCACCUGGAACCAGAUCCUGGACCCCUGGGUCUACAUCCUCCUGAGGAAGGCCAUCCUCAAGAGGCUCUUCCUGCUGAUGCACAGCUGCUGGUGCAUCAAGUCCCACUCCCACCCCCUCAACCGGUGGAAGUGCAGCCCAGUGAAAGGCUCUGGGGAGACCAGCGGCAGCUCCAUCAGCACUAAACCAGAAUUCUUCUGUUUGGAUGGAAGUGUUGGAGGCCUACCAGACACAAUAAUUAAGCCCAUCACCUGAACCCCUGGAUGGGGCAUCUGAUCUGAGAGACCCUGGGUCCCAGGUAGAGUGUUUGCAGGCAGCACCUGUAGCACAUUGAUGUGUAGUUGGAGUAGGCGAUAAGCUAAGGAACCAGAUAAGGUUUGUUUUAGGAAGAGCAUAUGAAGGAUCAUUCAAAGUAUUAUAAACUGGGUAGUUUGAGCCCUGAAUGCUGAUUGGAUGACAGCCGUGGUAUAUCAGACCGUAUACCACGGGUAUGACAAAACCUUUAUUUUUAUUGCUCUUAUUACGCUGGUAACUAGUUUAUAAUAGCAAUAAGGCACCUCGAGGGUUUGUGGUAUAUGGCCAAUAUACCACGGCUAAGGGCUGUGCCCAGGCACUCCACAUUGCAUCUUGCCUAAGAAGAGCCCUUAGCCUUGGUAUAUUGGCUAUAUACCACACACUUCCUCGGGUCUUAUUGCUUAAUUGUACACUCAUGAGGCGUACAGACACUGGUAAUAGGUGUGUUGGUCAUAAUUGACAGUGACACACAGGACUAAGAUGGACCCUGGAGUUAGUUAGCCCCAGUUACUGAUAUUUCUGUCUAACCUGUAACUGACCUUGAAAGGAUGAACUCUGCAAUCAGCACUAGAUGUCAAUGUUGUCUUCUUGAAUCUUCUCUGUGAGAGUAGCUAUGGCAUAUAAACCCAGCUGCUCAGAACUGAAGACAUCUGUAGCUCUGGAGUUCCUCACAGCGCUCGAAGAUUGUGCAGAAUGACAAGACCAUUUGCUUGUUUUCAGCUCCCCAUCAGUCAGUGAGUGAGUGCCAGGCAAUCUGAAUUAUCACCUCAGCAGGUGAUCCUCCGGUAAAAUGAAUUGUUCUCUUGUUUCACUAUCUUCUGGAGUCCCAAUAUGGCAGUUAUGACAUCAUUUCCACGUAGAAUGAUUUGUUUUUGAUUCUGAAGAGACUCUUCUGGCUGGUCCGUCUGUUGAAGUUGCUGUUGUGUUUGGCUGAUGGUUGGUAUAUCUCUUUGACCUUCUGCGGUGCUAUGGACUGAUGAAAAAUGAGUUUUUGACACAUUUUGUAUUUAUGUGUCUGUCCAUGUUGAGAGUACUUUUUGUUGACAGGUUUUCUGUAUAAAAACAUUUUGUGAAGUCAUUCUCUCAUCAUGGGUGUUCACCAUUUACAGCACAGUAACUCCGUUAAGCUGAUGAGUUGAUCACCUCUAUCCUUUCAGGGGUUUUAAAAUGACUCAGCAUGAUCAUUUUAAUUUAACAGUGUUUUCUUAUAUGAUAUACUGUGUGUUGAUGUAACAUGACGUAUCUAUGGAAUAUGUAUGCAGGUCCUUAUAAACCAUUUACUAAUCACAAGUUACAGCUUUUUGCAUGGCCUCAUCUAAAAUAAAAUGUGAGCUAUUUAUGCUUUAGAAAUACUUUAUAAAUGUUUAGAGUGACCAGUGUAAUUACUCACAAAAAGAUGGACGUGCCAUUGGUAGACAUUCCAGCAGUACCUGAUGCUCCUUAAGGUCUCAAAAUGGCCGCUAAAACAUAUCAGUGGUUAAAGAAUAAGGAAAUAUAUUGACAUUUUAUUCACAAAAACUGUUGUGAAACAACUGUUACAAGGACUUGAGGAAGAGCUGUAAUGUGAAUGUUCUGCUAACAUUGUGAACCUGGAGAAUAUGAACUGAUCAUAAAACAUGGAGAUGUAGACUACACACAACAGCUGGCCGGACCAGACAGUUGUUCUCUAGUGGAUUUGUAUUACUUCAUUAUUACUGAUAUGUGAUUGAGGUAUACGUGUUACAUGUAUGAUCUGCAGGUAGAAAUGGUAUAUGUAUAAACUUUAAAUGCUUCCAGUGCUUCAGUCUUUUAACUGCAGACUAUUUUCACACAUGGCUUUGUUUGGUGUCACCUCUACUGGACCUUUAAAUAUAGUAACUCUCUAAACGUAGGUUAGCGUGGGGUAACUAGCUCUCCGGGGCUAGUUUAGUUACUAGUAACUAGUUAUCAACUAAGCUCUCGGUUAUCAUUUUAA